AUGGCGAUGAGGGUGGCGGCGGCGAGGCGGGUGGCGGCGAGGGUGGCGGCGGCGAGGGCGGUGGUGGCGAGGGAGGCGGCGGCGAUGGGGGUGGCGGGGAGGGUGGCGGUGGGCUCGGCGGAGGCGGGCUGGGAGGCUGCGGAGGCGAGGGUGGUGGCGGGCUUGGCGGGGGCGGGCUGGGUGGCUGCGGAGGCGAGGGAGGUGGCGGGCUUGGCGGAGGCGGGCUGGGCGGCGGCGGCGAGUGAUGCGGCGGCGAGGGGGGCGGUGGUGAGGGUGGCGGCGGGCUUGGCGGAGGCGGCGAGGGGGGCGGCGGCGAGGGCGGCGGAGGCGAGGGUGGCGGCGGGUUCGGCGGAGGCGGGCUGGGCGAUGUCGGCGGUGGCGGUGAGGGAGGCGGCGGCGACGGGGGCGGCGGCGAGGGUGGCGGAGGCGAAGGCGGUGGUGGCGAGGGAGGCGGCGGCGACGGCGGCGGAGGCGAGGGUGGCGGCGGGCUCGGAGGGGCCGGGCUGGGAGGAGGCGGGCUGGGCGGCGGCGGUGAGGGCGGUGGUGGCGAGGGGGGUGGCGGCGAAGGCGGUGGUGGCGAGGGAGGCGGCAGCGACGGCCGCGGAGGCGAGGGCGGCGGCGGGCUGGGUGGUGGCGGGCUGGGUGGCUGCGGAGGCGAGGGCGGUGGCGGGCUUGGCGGAGGCGGGCUGGGCGGCGGCGGCGAGGGUGGCGGCGGCGACGGGGGCGGCGGCGAGGGUGGCGGCGGCGAGGGCGGUGGUGGCGAGGGAGGCGGCGGCGACGGCGGCAGAG